AUGGUCUUUCUUCUAUUUAUUAUUAUUCUUAUUCAAGUAUCUUUUACUUCUUGUUACGCAGAGUUCUGUAAUAUCCCUACCCUUUCAUUAAAACCUUUAAAUAACUCAACACUUAAUAAAAUUAUAAUUAUAACAAGACAUGGUGAUAGAAAUAGUAUUUUUGCAAAUGUUAAUCAAACAAAGUGUAAUGGAGGAGAAUGCGUUGUUGGUGAAUUAACUGAUGUAGGAAAAAAACAAAUGAAUAAUUUAGGAAUUGCUAUAAACCAAUUAUUAAAAGAAUAUGGAAUUAGUAAUAUUACUUUUGAAAAUAUCAGAGCACAAAGUACACAAUGUAAUAGAACAAUUAAUUCAGCAAAAGCAUUAAUGGAAGGAUUAUUAAAUCAAAAAGUAGAUACUGAAUUAAUAGAUACAACAAAUAGUCAGUAUUUUGCACCUCAUUAUAUUAUUGAUAAUACAACAGUUGCAGAACGAAAUAAAAGAUUAAAAAUACUUGAAGAUACUAUGAAUGAUAAUAUAAAACAAUUAAUCUUUAAAUUUAAAAGACUGUUUAAAGGAGAGUUUAAAACAACAAAUUUGAUUACAUCAUUUAUUAAUGUUUAUGAUUAUUUACAAGUCUUAAAUUGUUAUAAUAUUCCAUUCCCAUCAAACGAAAAAGAACAAAUUACUAUAGAUGAUGUAAUUUCUUCUGAAAUGUAUUUAAGUUAUAUGGCAGGUUAUUUAUUAGAUUCUCAAGUAUCGUCGUUGUCAACAAAGUAUUUAAGAGAUGAAGUUAUUUCCUUCUUAGAUGGAACAUCAAUUUGUAAAGAAACAAAUUGUUCAACUCCUUCUUUGCCUAUCACCGAACUCAUUUCUGGUCAUGACGAUACGUUAUACUCUUUAAUGGUUUCUCUUCAUCAACAAGACAUACAAUUACCUCCAUAUAGUUCUCAUAUUUUUAUAGAAAAAGUUCAAAUAGGUAUUGAUUAUUUUGUCAGAGCGUCAUAUAAUUCUCAAGUAUUAAGAAUAUGUAAUAAUCAAGUAAAACUUUGUCCAUUCCAAGAGUUUAAAGAUUGGUUGAAAUGA